AUGCAAAGUAAGGCGGGAGAUUGUGAUUCCCCAACACUAAAACGAUCCAAAAUUCAUGCAAUGCUUCAACAGCCAGAUGUCCGUGACAAAGUGCUUGAGUCCUUAGCUUCCCUUCACAUCCCAUCUCAUACUCCAUGUCUCAAGCUAGAGAUUGCAGAAAAUCAAGGUAAGCGUUUUUCUAUGGAGCAAAGUGAUGUGACCAAUGUUUUCGAAGAAUUCGGCGAAAUCCAGAGUCUGCGUGUUUUUGACAAUAUCGCUCUUGUGCUAUACAAAGACAUUGUGUCAGCUUAUUUCGCCCAAAAAGUCCUUGAUGGGCGCCAAUUGCCAGGAUUUAAUGUGGUUUUGCAGGUAAGCUGAUACCAUAACCAAGAUGAGGCUUCACGUAUCCCUCUUCAAGAUUUGUCAUUAAAUACCCCAGAAAUCCAGCAGCCUGUAAAAUACACUUGUAGAUUUGACAUUCAGAUAGAAAAUGACAAAGAAUUCCAAGUUGCUAGAAGACUAAUUGGUCCAAGAGGCUCAAAUAUGAAAAAAAUAGUUGAGAGAUGCUGCAAAGGUGCACAAGGCCAAGCUCAUGAUAUAAUUAAACUAAGGCUACGUGGCCGAGGUUCUGGCUUUAAAGAAGGCCCAGACAAAGAAGAAAGCGAUGAGACCUUGCAUAUGUGUAUAAGCUCAAAAUUUGAAGAAAAAUAUGAAAUUGCAGUCAAUGAAGUGGAAAAAUUAAUUAAUCAAGUUUAUGCGGAAUAUAAAGAUUAUUGCUUAGAAAAAGGGAGACCUGACCCUCAAUUAAAAGCAAAGAAAAUUGAAAAUAUUUCAGGGAGAACUGUGAGUUUUCCUGUAGAAAAAAUCAAGGAAAUUGAAGAAUUGGAUUCUUCAGAAAUUGAUAUUGCUGAGCUGAUUGAUAUUAGAAAUGAAGCCAGAAGACAAUGCAAUUUCCAGGAAGCGGAUAGGAUUAGAGAGAUUUUGAGGAAAAAAGGAGUCAUUUUGACUGAUGAAAAAGGGGCAAGAGGAAGAGGAAAUGAAGUUACUUCGUGGAAACAUAAGAAAAAUUAUGGAAAAUAGGGUGAAUGCGAUUUUUAGGAUUUUUUUAAAAAAAUAAAAAAUAUUUAAACUCCCCCCCCCCCUCCGUGAGCGAAGCGAACAAAAAAAUUUUGUUCGCUCACGGAGGGGGGUUAUUUUUUUUUUUAAAAAAAAUUUAUAUAUAAAUUUUUAUAAAAAAUAUUUUUUUCGAAAUUUAAAAAAAAUCCUAAUUUGCAAAAAUUGGGAAGCAAAUAUUAAUUUAAUUUGCAAAAUUUAUGUUUUAAAACGCAAUUUGUUUAAAAUUAAACAGAAUUAGCUCUAGAUUUCAUUAUACUAAUUAUCACUUAUAUAUCAAAAUUUUUUUCCAUUAAAAUUUUUUCUAUUAAAAAAAUUUUUGUUCACUAACGGAGGGUGGGUUUUUGGUCAAAAAAUGGCGAUUUUUCUAAUGGUUUUGUUCGCUCACGGAGGGGGGGGGGGGGGAGUAAGGAAAAUAGAGAAUAA